UGUUUGUGACGGGCUUUUAUUGUGAAAGGAUUAAACCGGAAGCAUUAUUCCGGUUUAAGUCAGCGCAGCAGCAAUGGCCGGGGCUGGAGACAGACUGUGGAGGUCACCUCGGGCUUGUGAUGACUAUUGGAGUGAAUUCCGACAUUGCAAAAGCUUGAGUAAUCGUUUUCACCACUAUUACGCUUAUGGUACCUCACCAUCCUGCCAGCAGUGGAAAGAGGAUUACCAAAACUGCAGGCAGUGGGAGAAACACCAAAGCAUUGAGGCCAAGGAAGCUUUGCAGCAGAGUGAGAGGAACAGAGUGGCAGAGCAGAAAAAGUUUACUCCUGUGUGGGAGCUGAGGCGAGACCCUCCCAAAGACUGGCACAUGCCCCUGAACCAUGAGAAGCCCCAGGACUCCUGAACACACUAUUAACCUGCUGCCUCUGGAGGCCAAAACAAAGUGACAUGAAAAUGAAGAGUCAAGAUGAAUGUCUCUUGAUGGACUUGAUUAAAGCAUGAAGAGACUACACAUCACUCAUUGAUAUCUCAUGCUGUUUUCAGUGAGCUGCUGAUCGAGAAGAUAUAAAUGUCAAAGUUAUGGCAGCAUCUAGUGGUCAGUGAUGACCAUGGCAGCAUCUACAACCUGUUGUUUACAAUAUAUCUGCAAUUAAGUGUUGUUUGCAAUUACUCCUACAAAGCACAAAAGCUGUUUGUCCUUACACUGCAGGUGAUAUUGAAAAAAAAUUCCCAUCCCAGUAAUGAAAAAUAUACAAUGACAGAUAGUCAGAAUUAAAAACUAAUGCUGCUUUGUUUUUAAACAUUGUACUUAGCUUUUGUUGGUAUCAAACAGGAGUUGGCCUCAGAAGCAUGUCAGCAGUUAUCUACUAACAUUAUUAAUUGUCAUCUUUAACAUAGGUAUAAUUAAUUUUCUAAUGCUGUAGAUACUCUGCACACAUUUAUUUUGCCUUUUGUAAUAAAUUAUUUAGUAAUAAAUACGGUAAUUAUGGGUUUAUCCAGACAUAAAAAUGCUGAAAUAAAACUAACAAUUUUGCUUUAUAAAAAAAACACAUUUUUAUUCAUUAUUUUAUACAGAUUCUAAAGUGGAUGGCGAUGAUUAUGAUGCAAAGUUUCAAUGAAUUAUGUAGAAUUGUGUACAGAAAUUAACAAAUGAGGUGACUUUACAAACUCGACACAAAAAAGGAAAAGAAGUAUCAUUCAAUCCCACACACACAAGCUGUUGCCUUGCCUCAUGGAAUUGUACAAACAAAGGGACAAUACACUAAAUUGAAGACAAUAAACAGAGGCUGCACCAGUA